GUUAGAUGAUAAUGUGGAUUGUACAGAAAACGUUUGAAGUUUAUUUGAAAUAGACUAUUUUAUAUAUUUCAACUUUAGUUAUCUUUUACUUUUAUUUGCCACCCACGGCCUUACACUCGCCCCGUUACAUUUGGUACCAGGAGUGGGGUAGGCACAAAUAGCGACAGUGGUGUAGGCAAUAUCGAUAAGAUAGCAGCAAAAGUGUUGAGAAACUGUUGAUUUUGGAUUUUGAAAACAUUUGAUAUACAAUAAUGAAGAAUGUGGAUUACUAUUUGAUGAUAACCUGUUGGUUCUGCAAGUCUCCAGGGCAUACUAAAAGAUGUUGUAAACUGUUCAAACAAGCGAAGUACUUUUGUUCGAUGUGCAGCUGUUAUGGACACCGUGAUCGAGACCACAGUCAGCCAGACAGGUAUGUUAGGACUGUUUCCAUACACCCUGUGAAUGUGAAAUCUGUGUCAAUUCAGACAAAAAAGUGCAAAGACACUGAUAAACCGAAAAGUCACAACAAAUAUACCCAAGCAGAAACUGUUGACAUGAAUGAAUACAGUUCCAAUAUGGCCAAUUUCAAGCGUAUUCAAAGUGAACUGUUUGGUCAGAAGAAAGGAAAUGAUAUCUACAAAGCUCAACUUAAGUCACAUUUGAAAACUAUUGAACUAUUGGAACAGGAUGUGAAAAAUAACAAAAUGAACAGUGAUCAAGACUUAUCUGAAAUCAAGGCAUCACGUCAACGGAUCAUUGAUCUGCAAUCCAAAAACGAUGUCUUUUCUAAAUUGAUCAAAGAUCUCAACCUCAAACUAAAUGAUCAACAUCAACAAAUAUGUGCGUAUCAGGAUAAAAUCAAGAAUUAUGUGAACAUGUUGCCAAAUACAGUUAACACCUCUGGAUAUAUGGAGUUUCUUGGAAUGCGCAAUCAAUUCAAAAUGACUACUUCGCCACAAUGUAAAUCUAAGUCAGAUGUACCACCAGAGGAGAAUUCGAUCAGCAGAUAUUAGUGCUAAAUAAUGUAGGAAUCUAAAAAUUCUCAUCUUCUAUAUGAUGACACCACACAAUCUAUAUCUGCCAUAUUACAAUGAUAUGAUGCCGACUUUUGAUGUCCAAUAAUUUUGCCUUUUACUGAUAACAAUGUGAUAUAUAAUAGAUGCUGAUUGCCGUAUAUUUAUGCUAGGAUACUGAUUCUGA